UCUGGAGACCGGCUGCUGAGUGUGGAGGUCUCCGAGGUGAAUGUGGACCUUCUCAUGAUGAUCAUGGAGCGGUGGCGUCCAUUGCUGCUUUUGUCAGAUUCUUGCCGCUUGCCAACAGGAUAUGCAUUGAGAUGGCCGAACCUGGUGGAUUAACACAGGUGAUGGAGAGCAAUGUCACCAAGGACUAUUUAUCUUCUUGGAGUAAAGCUGGACGUAUUGAGUCUUUGAAGAGCCUGAAACAGCGUCUGCAAGACUCUGGUGAGAACAAAGUUCACCUCAAAAUGAAAACCAAGAAGACCGCAGAAUCGACAGAUGCAGUGACCAAAGGUGACUGCCAGGCGGAGAGCCAGAGGACCGAGGAGGAAGCAGUGACCCAGCCCGAUGCUGCAGCCGCCCCUGCUGGACGGCAGCCAGAGCCCAAGUGUCCUGAUGACGAGACACAGGAGGGAGAGGAGAAGGAUGGAUGGAGCAUGGCCGACAUUAAAGUUGUGGGAAAACGCAGGAGGGAGCUUGUCGGACCUGAGGCAAAGCGAUCUCGCGCUCAGUCUCCGUGUGUUGUAGCAGAUUUCAGACUGCCUCAGUUCAACCCUAACAGCCCCAUCGGUCAGGAGUUUGUGGUCCCUAAAUCAGGAUUUUUCUGUAACAUCUGCUCUGUUUUCUGCCUGAAUGAGAAGACCGCCAAGGAACUCCACUGCUGCAGCCAGAAACACUACGACAACCUGCAGAAGUAUUAUGAGGAACGUCGACAAAGAGCUACAAAGACUUUGUCUCACACGUCUCCAGGCUCCGUUUCUGACUGAUGGACCUGAUCUACUGGAGAACAAGCCAUUGUUAUUGAUCCUACUAGUUCAGAAACUAA